GAGACAUUUGCGUCUCACGGGGAAGAUCCCAGCCUGCAUUGUGAGCCCUCGAGGAGGAAAGAGCUGCUGCCGUGUUGCUGCGCUCUUUCUUCCACCCGGUUGCGUCCACUUUGGCCUUAAAGUGAAUCAGGGAGGGGAAAGUUCUCCUGAGAAGACGCGUCUCGCCUAGGAGGACAAAGCGCGCGUCUCUCUCUCACUCUGAAAGAAAAGGCGCAAUGUGCCACCCCCGAGUAUUUGGAGAGUGCAGCCUGCUUAGCCUCGGAGAGUUUCCUUCACGCUUGGUCAUAUUUCUCUUCAUAGUAAAAACUAAGAACAAGGAACCUUCGGUUAAUUAGGGUGUUAAUGGACGGCUGUUAAUUGUUUCCUUGUGCCGCUGUUCCCUCAGCUUCAGAGUACCUGGAAGGCUGGUGGUAAAUCAGCACCUUUAUUAACCGACUUAAGGAUUCAUUUCCCAGGCUUCAACAACUUGUCUCUUUUUGUCCCUGCUCGGCCAACAAUUGUAGUCUGUGUUGAUUGCCUCGGUUGUUGCAUAUAUUUAUUCCCUUUAAACAGGAUGUACACAGAUUUCAGCAGGGUUUUUAAAAAUGCCAUUAGACCUUUGUGAUGCGUUUUGCGUAGAGUUAUAACUACUACUAUUCACAACCUCGUGGCCAAAUCGGAGGUUAUCAGCCUUGCCAAUCCAUUUUUGCAUUGUUAAUGGACAGACAAUUCAUAUUUUAAAAUCCCAAUAUAAAUUUUUGGCUGUUGUGCGUGAAGACAGUAGUUGUGAAAUUUUGAGAGCUAUCAGUGGUGUUUUUUGUUUUUUUUUACUGUGAUGAGUGCAUUGAAUUGAAAAUAUUUCCCAUAAGAAAACUUAUGUCAUUUUUCUACCACUAACCCCCUCCCAACUUUGCCUCUUUUUUCCCCCUCAAGUGCAAUCGCUUACAAAGGGCAGUGAGCAGCAUUUUUUUCUAAGAAUACCUAUGUAACUAUAAGAAUUUGUAUGAAUAGAGAUAGAAACUGGCUUUUUAUUUGAAAUUCAGCUUUUUUAAAAAAAAUAUUACUUUAGGAAAAGAGGAGUUGCCGAGUGCAGAGAAUAGUUUCAAUAGGUGUCCUGGUAUCCAUAGAUAUCAAACUGCUUACACAAAAGAAAUUGAUGUCUGAAGUCUCCAGAGCUGUUCUGUAUGAUUAUUAUAUUGAAAGGUGAAUGUGGCCAACCAAUCCUCAGUUCUGUCAAAAAGAAGAACUUCAGAAUCAGAAUAGAGCUGAUUCACAUUUGAUUCUUCUCAAAUCUUCGGCAGUUAAUAUGCAGCUUUUUUUCUCAACACAUUUCUUGCAAUCCUGUUGACUAUUUGCAACAAAACAUUUGAUGGUCCCAAUAUCUUAUUCAAGAGUGCUGCAUCCCUCUGAAAGAUUUCAUUUUUGACUUCAGAAUCAGUUAAAUCUCUUUUUUGGCCCAUUUUGCCUGAGGAAAAGAAGCUGCCUAAUAGAAUGUUCCUGGUUCCUGCUUUCUGCCAUGCUGUGAUCCUAGCCAUUAUAAUCGCUGUGAUGGCAGAAGAAAAGACGUGUGACCUUCUUGGGGAACGGGAACAAGAAUCCUCAAAAGAAUUAGCAUUGAUGAACAGAUUGAAGCCACUUUUCAAUCAAAGUUUUGAAACAGAAAGCAAGACCAAUGAGGGCCACUACAUUUACAGACUGAGGAUAUGUCGGGAAGUCUUCCACAAUAUGUCCAAUUCUGGACUGGUGCAGAUCAGUAAGACAGACAACCAAGAAAAAGUAAUAGGACGAAUCAAUGAGACCCACCUUGCAAAUGGAACUACCUGGAUUAUGCUGAUCUAUCAGGGUGGCGAUCCCUAUGAAGGUCAUUGUACAAAGGAACCCAGGAAAGCUUUAGUAAUGAUUAUCUGCAACCGAACAACAUUAGCAGCUCGUUUCACCAUGGUGGCAGAGGAGAGGGAGAAGAUAAAGCAAUGUUCCUACGUUUUUGAGUUAGAGAGCAGCUUGGCUUGUCCCCCGGAAGAAUUGCACCAAAAUGCACACCAUCACCUCAGUAUUGGCUCUAUACUGCUUAUCACACUUUCCUCACUGAUUGCAGUUUACAUUAUUGGAGGAUUCCUCUACCAGCGUCUAAUAGUAGGAGCAAAGGGCAUGGAGCAGUUUCCCCAUUUUGCUUUCUGGCAAGAUCUUGGCAAUCUAGUAGCUGAUGGCUGUGAUUUCAUGUGCCGAUCUAAACCACAGAAUGUGCCAGCUGCAUAUCGUGGUGCUGGUGAUGACCAGCUUGGAGAGGAAUCAGAAGAGCAAGAUGACCACUUGCUGCCCAUGUGAUCUGCACCUUUUAUUUGUGUACAGUUCUUACACAAAUGGCAUCCAGUCAGUUUUCUCCUCAUCUAAUUGUCCUUUUAAGCCACUUGCUUUCAUUAUUCUGCACACUAUUUUUCAUAUUUGUGAUAUAAAUAAAUUCUGUGCAAGAUUUAUGAACUUGAAGCUGUACUAAGGAGUUUUGGACUGACUGCUCAGAACCAUUUUCCAAAAGGGAAGGAUCGUGUUACAGUGUGAAUAUACACAGAAAAGAAAUAAUCCAUGGAAGAGGAAAGGUUUUGAAAUAAUACUAAAAGGUUUUGAGCUACAGUGACUGAAUGUACGUAUUUCCUACAGGCUUUACUCUUCAAAAACACUGGAUUAUAAUUUUCAAUUAUGCAGUUACAUAAUUUUAUGUAUAACUCAGUGAAGCUUGUCCUUGCUUUUUCAAAUCUGUGGAGACACUCUAGACCAAAUGGAAAUAUCUAUAUUUUCUUAACAAAGGAGAAUCGUCCGUUAAGGGGAGGGGAAUGUUAGCUAGAAAGGAUAUUUAAAUGGUCUAAAUUUAAAUGGCAAUAUUUUAAAACAGAUUUAAAAGAGCAGACUAAUAAUAACUAACACUGCUGUUUUAAACACAUUCUGUUUAAAAGCUGGUCUUUCAUCUUUCAUUACAAAUAGGACAGUGCCAGUAGUUGCAAAUUAUAUAGAGUCCCAACAAUGAAAAAAGACAGGGUAGGAAACCUCAAAAUCUGUGUGGACAAUGUUUUUCUGGUUUGGUUGAAACUAUUUUAGUAUUUGGACUAAAUAUUUUUAAAAUUGGUGAAUGUCAAUACUUAUAUAUUUAUGUUUAUAAGUAUGAAUAGUGUCAAAAUUUCUCUCUCUCUCUCCCUCCCCCUCCCUCCAUAUAUAUGGAUGACAGGUCUGUUUGCUUCAGGGAUUUGCUUCCUUUUCUUUGGUGCAUGUUGUACUGUUUCUUAACGACAAUUCUCAAAAUUGCAUUUAAAAUGCAGUUAGGACUCCUGAAUUCACUUGAACUUGCUGGGAAUAUUAGCUUUUGGGGAAAUGAGGGGAAAUAAAUAGUUACAUCUUUACUUGGUCUCUUCCUAAUGGAAUUGGUGGAUCUAAGUGGGAGUAAAUCUCCAGGUAUAUCUAUAGGCUAUAUCUAUUCUUACUCCUUUUACAAAGAAGUACUAUAGCUGAGAUAAGAUUUGAGACAUAGUAUAGCCCUCUUUGCCAGGCUCUUUUAUAAGAGAAAAGAAAUGGGCCAUUACUUAUGUCAUUUUUUCAUAGUAAAGUUUAAAAGAUUUUGUAUUAAAGAGAUGCAACUUUAACAUUAAAAAUGACUUGAAAUUUCAAAA